UGGAAUUCAUCAUGGCAUCUGCCGGCCUGCAAAUCUUGGGGAUCGUCCUGACCCUGCUUGGCUGGGUCAAUGCCCUGGUGUCCUGCGCUCUGCCCAUGUGGAAGGUGACAGCCUUCAUUGGCAACAACAUCGUUGUAGCCCAGAUGGUAUGGGAGGGGCUGUGGAUGUCCUGCGUGGUCCAGAGCACUGGCCAGAUGCAGUGCAAGGUGUACGACUCCCUGCUGGCACUGCCCCAGGACCUCCAAGCCGCAAGAGCCCUCUCUGUCAUUACUCUCCUCAUUGUCCUGCUUGGCCUGCUGGUCUACCUCACAGGAGCCAAAUGCACUACCUGUGUAGAAGACAAGAAUUCCAAGUCUCGACUGGUGCUCAUCUCGGGGAUCAUCUUUAUCAUCUCCAGCAUCCUGACCCUCAUUCCUGUCAGCUGGACAGCCCACUCCAUCAUCCAGGACUUCUAUAACCCCUUGGUAGCUGAUGCUCAAAAGCGGGAGCUGGGGGCCUCCCUCUAUCUGGGCUGGUCAGCCUCAGGCCUUUUGCUGCUGGGUGGAGGACUGUUGUGCUGUGCUUGCUCCUCUGGAGGGUCCCGGGGACCUGGCCAUUACAUGGCCCGCUACUCUACGUCUGCUCCACAUUCAGCCUCUCGUGGACCCUCUGAAUACCCCACCAAGAAUUAUGUCUGAUGCUCAUUGGGGAGUAAAGCUCUAAUGGCCAGGGGACC